AUGUGACUGAUGUUUACAGCCAAUAGGAGUCUAGGGGCGUUAGGCUGGGCGGCGGUUGUUUGCAAAAGACGUUUCUGUGCUAAAGUUCAGAAGGACAAGAACCAGGGCAGCGCAGGGGAAAGAGAAGUAGUACUGAAAUAUACAUAUUAUUUAAAAACUUCAUUAGUAGAAUGGCGGGAAACCGAGACAAAGCAUCCGACCAGAUGAAAAUGUGGAAGGAGAACAGGGGAGCGCAGAGAGCGGACACGCUGAGCACUGGUGCAGGCGUUCCCGUGGGGGACAAGCUGAACUCGCUGACGGCCGGGCCGCGGGGCCCCCUGCUGGUCCAGGACGUGGUGUUCACGGACGAGAUGGCCCAUUUUGAUCGGGAGCGCAUCCCAGAGAGAGUGGUGCACGCUAAGGGGGCAGGAGCGUUUGGAUACUUCGAGGUGACCCAUGACAUCACCAAGUACACCAAAGCCAAGAUAUUCGAGCACGUUGGGAAGAGGACACCCACUGCAGUGAGGUUCUCCACCGUGGCUGGAGAGGCUGGCUCUGCAGACACUGUGCGGGAUCCUCGCGGCUUUGCAAUGAAGUUCUACACAGAAGAAGGGAACUGGGACCUCACUGGGAACAACACCCCUAUCUUCUUCAUCCGCGACCCCUUACUGUUCCCUUCCUUUGUCCACUCUCAGAAGAGGAACCCGCAGACCCACCUGAAGGACCCAGACAUGGUGUGGGAUUUCUGGAGCCUGCGGCCAGAGUCCCUGCAUCAGGUCACCUUCCUGUUCAGCGACCGUGGAAUUCCAGAUGGACACCGACACAUGAAUGGCUAUGGUUCCCACACCUUCAAGCUGGUCAAUAAUGCAGGGCAGGCCGUCUACUGCAAAUUCCACUUCAAGACUGACCAGGGCAUUAAGAACAUCCCAGUGGAUGAGGCCAGCCACUUGUCCUCCACAAACCCUGACUACGGCAUCCAGGACCUGUACAACGCCAUCGCCAACGGCAAUUACCCCUCCUGGAGCGUCUUCAUCCAGGUCAUGACCUUCGAGCAGGCAGAGCAGUUCCGCUGGAACCCCUUCGACCUGACCAAGGUUUGGUCUCAUAAAGAUUUCCCUCUGAUCCCUGUGGGGAAACUCGUGCUGAACCGAAACCCUGUCAACUACUUUGCAGAAGUGGAGCAGCUGGCAUUCGACCCCAGCAACAUGCCCCCUGGCAUUGAGCCCAGCCCUGACAAGAUGCUGCAGGGACGCUUGUUCUCAUACCCGGACACUCAUAGACACCGCCUGGGAGCCAAUUACCUGCAAAUCCCUGUGAACUGCCCCUAUAAGACUCGAGUGGCAAACUACCAGAGAGACGGGCCCAUGUGCAUGUUCGAUAACCAGGGCGGAGCCCCCAAUUACUACCCCAACAGCUUCAGCGCCCCGGAUACACAGCCGCAGUUCCUGGAGACCAAGUUCAGGGUGUCUGCCGACGUGGCUCGCUUUAACAGCUCCGACGAUGACAAUGUGACCCAGGUGCGCACUUUCUACACACAGGUUCUGAACGAAGAAGAGCGCCAGCGUCUGUGUGAGAACAUCGCCGGCCACCUCAAGGAGGCUCAGCUUUUCAUCCAGAAACGUGCAGUGAAGAACUUCAUGGAUGUUCAUCCAGACUAUGGGAGCUGCAUCCAGGCCCUGCUGGACAAAUACAACACACAGGCUGGGGAGAAUGUGAUCCGGACCUACGCCCCCACCGCUGCGUCCCUGACUGCACGUGAAUCCAAGAUGUGAGCUAGAUGCCUUUGUCCUGUCCCCUUGUCACCGUGGGACAAGAAAACAAUAAUUAACGCUGUUAAUUCUGGAAACUUCACUACUAAUUCUUGCCUUGGUAUUGAUAUAAGCUACACAGCCAGCAUAGUAUUAGACAAAGAAGAUGAUUUCAUAAGUUCCAUAAAGGAUUGUGUGCUACGUUUUGUAGCGAUCUCAAAAAUUCCAUAAAGGAUUGUGUGUUACGUUCUGUAGAGAGGUCAUAAAUUCCAUAAAGGAUUGUGUGCUACGUUCUGUAGAGAGGUCAUAAAUUCCAUAAAGGAUUGGGUGCUACGUUCUGUAGAGAGGUCAUAAAUUCCAUAAAGGAUUGGGUGCUACGUUCUGUAGAGAGGUCAUAAAUUCCAUAAAGGAUUGGGUGCUACGUUCUGUAGAGAGGUCAUAAAUUCCAUAAAGGAUUGGGUGCUACGUUCUGUAGAAAGGUCAUAAAUUCCAUAAAGGAUUGUGUGCUGUUCCGUAGCAAUCUCAUAAAUUCCAUAAAGGAUUGUGUGCUGUUCAGUAAUUCGCUAGAACAGACCUCUGGUACCAUCUGUGGAGCGAGUGUUUUGCACUAUAGCUUUUCAAAUGGUAGGCAGGGAUGACCGGCUCCAGCCUAAUUCAUUUGCCUGCUGUGGGGUAUACAACGUUUUUGUUUUUUCAACCACCCGCAGCACUGAUACUGUCCAAAAAACACGAUCUGUCUAAAGCAGGCUGAAUCACUUGUUAGCCAGGAACUGUGAUUGUAACUGUGCCUAUACCACUUCAGGGAUCCUAGAUGUCUGUUUAAGGUUGACUAAAAUGGGAAAAAAAUCUGCAGUAGCUUUGUGGAAUUUUACUGUGUGUCUGAAUAGCAUGUUGAACCCAGUCACAAAGGUUUUAAUCUAAACUAAACUGAAUGACUUGUUUUACUUCAAAUGUAUGGAUUAAAGUUGGCUGUGUCUUUUGAAAACUGAGCUAUGUUUCUUAAAGCAAAAUAAAUAACAAUGUAGGUGCAUUUUGAUGAAACUCUGCUUGUGUAUUUCCUUCAAUAAGCUAAAAUAAACGAAUAUAUAGUAAUGUGAA